AUGGAAGAUGAAAUGUUGUUGAAACAACCUACCGACCGACGUCUGGGCGAUAACAAUGCCCUACCGCCAGGUCCACCAGGGGCAGAAUUUGAUACACCGGUAUUUGAGUCAAAAAAUGCUCCUCCCAAGCCGCCUACAUUAGAAAAGGAGAACAGUUCGGCCGAGCGUGCGGAACGUUCCGAGCGUUCAAGCCGACGUCGCUCACCUUCGGGCAGUCCACCACCACGUAAACGCCGUUCCACAUCACGAGGUCGACGUUCGCCCUCAUCACCACCAAGUCGUAGGGGACGUCGCUCACCCUCGCCCAGACGUAAUCGUUUUCGUGACUAUUCCCCUGACAGGCGUCGUUAUGGAAGACGCUCACCCGAUCGUCGGUCACGUUACAAUCGUGGAGGUAAAGGUCGUGAUCGUUAUCGCAGUGGUCGAGGCGGACGCAGUUCAAGUCGUUCUAUAAGUCGUAGUCCUUCACCACCACCAAGACGUGGCGGCGGCGGUGGUGGCAGUAGCCGCUGGUCUCCAAAAAAGAAACCAAGUUCUCCGGCACAUCCUCCACCCAUAAAUACCGCGGCGGCACCUCCACCACCAUAUGGUGUAAUGCCGCCGCAGAUGUAUGGUGAUGCCUAUGGAGCACCUGGUUACCAACAAUAUGGUGUUCCACCACCACAGGCUGGUUUUCCAGCAGAUGCAUAUACGGGAAUGCCGGCUCAAGCUGGGGGAUUUAAUGCAGCCUAUCCACCACCAGGAUCAUGGGGUGUUGACGCUUACGGCCAACAACAAUGGAUGGCACCACCACCAACAGCUCAAAUACGCCAAAUGCCACCGCCACAACAACCGCCUCCCCAGCAACCACCACCAUCUGCCGUACAGGCACCACCUCAACAACCACAAGCCCCAGCUACAUCACCUGUUGUUGUUGCAGCACAACAAACUGCAGCAGUUAACUCACCGGUUGUUACUAACGCAAAUGUCCAACCGCCAUCAAAUAUGACAAAUCCUUUACAUGUAUUAUCGGAUGCUGCUCCUGGUACUGUGGAACCUAAUCCACAACAUGAUGCUGUGGCCCAAGAAGCCGAAAAUCAACGUGAUGAAUUAAAGAAGCAGCGUACCAGUUAUCUCAAGAAGACCGCCGUCCUGAAAAAGGAAUUAAAAAUGUUGAAAGAACAACGCAAGGAACUACAUUCGGGCAAAGCGCCAGCUUCACCAACCACCAAGGGAUUCAUCGAUGAAAACGAAAAGUUACAGAAUCAAAUACAAAAGAAACUGAGCACCAUUGAAAAUGUUAUUGAUAUGUUGACGGGUAUUAUCGGCGAUGAUAACAUCGAUAAAGAUGAUGAAGUUGUCGAAGCAGAUGCCGAUCAAUUACUCAAAGAUGCUGCAGCUUCUGCUAAAUCAUCAGCAAUGCUUGCUGGUGGAUCAUCUGAUAGCAAAUACGCCAGAGAAAAGGGAACCGGAAGAAGCGUUGGUGGUGGUGGAGAUAAACCGAAAAAACAAAGUUCAUCAUCAUCAUCAGAUGAUAGUUCAUCGGAUUCAUCGUCUUCUUCGUCGGAUUCUUCCACAUCAUCGGAAAAUGAGGAGCCAAAUAAACCCGACAAUGAUGAUGACGACAGUUCACCGGAACGUUUAAAAAAGAAAGUCAUUGAAUCGAUGAAGAAUAAAGAUAAAGAAAUUGUACGCAAAGUUGAAACGAAAGUACCCACUAAAAAAGAACGUUUUAAUUAUGUAUUUUAUGAUCCGGAAAUGCAUUGGUGUCAAACCUGUAACAUUUUCCCAAAAACCGCCAAAGAUUAUCUCAAUCAUUUGCAUUCGAAAGAGCAUAUGGAUCGUGAAAGUAUUGAGACACCAUGGCACACAGAUAUGGUUACAGAUCAAUUUCCAACCUAUGAAAAUGUACCAACAAAACGUACACCCAUACGAGGUUUAACAUUCUUUGUACCGGCCACAGCCUGGUUUUGUAAAUUGUGCUCUAUUUGGAUGGGUGAUUUACAUUGUGCUUCGACCCAUUUAAAAUCUCAACUACAUGCAAGUAAAUAUAAUUCAUUCUUAGAGGAGAAUCCCCAUUAUGAGGUUAAUUGGUUGGCCGAUCGUCAAAAAGUUUUAAAUGAACAAAAAAUCAAUCCAUUACCUCAGCAAAUCACCUCCGUUUCAACUACAGCUGCUGAGCGUAAAAAAUCGAAAAAGGACGAUGACAAGUCCAGCAAGAAACGUAAAAAGAAGAGUGACAAAAAACAAAAGAAGAAGAAAAAGAAAUCAACAAAGAAACGCAAGAAGUCUGAAACGGAUUCUAGUGAUUCAUCAUCCAGCGAUUCGUCAUCAUCAUCGGAAAGCGAUGAACCGAAAAAGAAAAAACUCCCACCACCAACUGUGGAAAUUAAAGAUUUAAAUAACCCUAAUCCAGCUGGCGUUUCAAUACGUCUAUCUAUGCGUAAACAGGAAACCACAAAAUCGACUGAUGCAGCCGAAGUGUUACAGGCACCACCGCCACCACAAUUGAAAUCAUCAAAAGAAUCGGCGGCGGGCGCAGCAACUAAUCCUCCCGGUAAAUGGACUGUUGUACAGGAAGGUGUUAAAACCAACCAACGAACUGAUGAUGAUCAAGUAGAUGAUGGUAUCAUACAAGAAUGGAAUACCGUACAACCGGUAAUAAGUGAAAGUGAAAAGAAACUAUUGGAGCAGCUGAAGGGCAAACUGAAGAAUAAAACCAGCAGUGAACAACAGCAGCAGCAAUCUUCUUCCAAGUCGAAUGCUGGAGAAAAUACUUCAACCCGCUCGGAAGUAGCGGAGAAAGAAAAUCGCCGUGAACGUCGAGGUAGCAAAGAUCGGCGCGCCGACAGUCGAGAUCGUCGCGACAGUCGCGAACGUUAUGAUAAACGUGAUCGUAAUUCUCGCGAUAAUCGUGACAAUCGCGAUCGUCGCACUGCCAGACGUUCAACAUCGAGAAGUCCCACAAGAAGUCGUAGUCGAGGACGUGAUUAUCGACGCCACAUGCGUCGUUCACGUUCCCCAAGUCGUGGUCGCGGUGGUGGCUGGCGUGGUCGCAGACGUAAUGACCGUUCUCGCUCCCGCUCCCUAAGAAGACGUUCUCGUUCCUAUGACAGACGUAGACGUGGUACCAGAUCUCGUACUCGUUCACCAAGUCGUGGCCGUGUUGAGAAACCCGUUGUGCGACAACCAGAAUUUAGACCACGUGUCCCGGAAAAAGACAAGGAAAAGGAGAAGAAGGCUGCCGAAAAGAAGGAAAAGAAAGAGUCCCAGAAGCCCAAGCCCAGCACAACCAGCAACUCGACAAAUAGCAAGGCAAAGUUACCAUUCAUUGGUAAAAUGCCUGUAUUCAAAAAGCAGGCAUCUGGACAACAAGGUGAUGGUGAAAAGCGGUCAGAUGAGCUACCAGCUGCCGCUACUGCUGGCGGUUAUAUGUAUCCAAUGGAUGCCAGUACAUAUAACACCAUGACUAGGCCACCAGCACCCACAGCGGCCCAAAUUCAAAUGGCCAUGAUGGAAGAUGCCUAUGGAAAUGCACCACCUUUUCAUCCUGAUGCUGGUAUGAUGGUGGACUAUGAUGAUUUGAUGCCUGAUCCAGUGCAGUUUGUGAAUAUUAUGGGGCAGGCUCCUCCGCCACCACCACCACAACAACAGGCCAGUGAUGAUAAGGAUAUGUUACCGCCUGGUAUCGAUGAAGAAGAAUCGGAUGAAUUUAUGACGAAACCAAUUGUUGAUGCACCACCGCCACCACCACCCGGUAAGGGUGAUUUGCCACAGGACUUGGAGGAUGCCUUAAAUAUAAUAUUCCCCGGUGAAAAGAAAUCCAAAGAUGACGAUGAUGACAAGGCGGCAGUAUCUAAAGGUGAAACCCAAAUCAUUAAUGACGAACCAAAAUUCCAACCAGAAGAAUUGGCCAAGGAUGGCAUACAUUUGGUCACAAUUGAAGAGACAUCACAAUUGGGCUUGGAUGAGGCCUCUCAAAUGUCCAUGAAUGAACCGCUAGUCUUUAAUAGACCCACAGCAAAUAAUGCUCCAGCCGCCGCAACAUUUGUGGCUGAUAUGGAUAUAGAAGAUUCAAAUUCCCGCAGUACAACAGAACGUCAACUCCAAGAAGAAGUGAAUGAACAAAAAGAAAAUAAUGAUGAUCACAAGGACAACAACGAGGCAGUAAAAGAUGAAAUACCUAUGCCCGAUGAGAGUAUAACAAAAAGAAACAAUUCAAAUGACUCUAUUGAUGAACAACAAUCAACGGUAGUAGUGGAAACAAAACAGGAUGGCAUCCUUCUUCAUCAUGAAAUAGAUCUCGCCGAUAUUCCCCAACCGCCGCCAUCACCAACCGAAAGUGAAAAGAAUCGCCGCCAGGAGGAAUUGGAUGAUUUGGCUAUGCUUGGCAUAGAUGCUGACGAUAUGGCAGCUCAGUGUAUGUAAAUCA